AUGGAGAAUGGUUUGGGAAGCAUGAGGAAGGAAGAAUCUCUGGAGACCCAGCUCAAAGAGGCAACAUCGACAGAGAAAUGCGGCGUGCCCAACACGACAUUGCAGGCCAUAGCCACGGCCACCACCAUCAUGGAAGACUGUGACAUGGUCAUGAGCUUCAUCUGGAAGAUCCUUCAGGAGACGCAGGAAAAGGAGUGGCGACGCAUCGUCAAGACGAUGUCUUUGCUGGAGGUCAUCCUCGAGCGCGGCAGUGAACGGGCAAUCCAGGACAUACGGAGAGACCAGUGGAGAAUUCAGCAGUGGAAAGACUUCCGCUUCAUGGAAGAGGCCAAAGAUGUUGGGGCCGACAUCCGAUCGAAGGCUGCUGCCAUGUUGGAGACGCUGACAGAUGAGGAGUACCAGCAGAAGGAAAAGGAGAAUGCACAGAAGCUCUCGUCGGGAGCUCGCCUGCAGGUCUCUGAAGCGCGUUGUUCUCAAGAAGAAGAGCAGGCCGUCGUCCUGCCUUCCUGGGAGGAAACUGGUGGAAGAGCGGCCUCCUGA